CACAGCCCCUGCCAUUCCCCAUCUUUCUCCACGCCGUCAUCCGCUAGAUCCCGCGCGCAGCCGACGAUAACCACCAUUACUAGGGCUCCUCCUUUCUCCCCCGCAACCAGCAAGCCUCUCGCGAGCUCGAUCUUCCUCCCCUCUCUACUCUUCCCCACAUGUCCAAGCUGUCGCGCGGCCACACCAUCACGAACGCCCGUACCACCCAUCGGCGACGAUGGGCGGCGCUGAAGCCGUUCGAGACGCGAGCUACAACCGACAAGGUAAAGAUUCAGGAGGUGUUGGAACCAACCGUCUACGGAGCUGCAACCGGCACGCGAUGAUGCUGGAACCAGUGCUUUCUGAUGUUGGAAUCGGACACGCCCUCGCCAUGCAGCGUGUUUUUUGCUGGAUCCAGCAUUUGUUUUUGUUGGAGUGGCUUUUUUGGUUGCUACAAUCGGCUUUGGUGGUUUUUGCUGCUGAGAUUGUUUUGCUGGAACCAGCGUUACAUUUUGCUGGAACAGGCUAAUUCGUUUGCUACUACAGAAGUGUUUUGCUAGUAUGAUUUUUGCUGGAACCACCAUUAAUAUUUGUUGGAACCACUAAAUCUUUUUGCUACAAUCAACUAUCGAAGUUUUUGCUAGUAUGAUUUUUGCUGAAACCAUCAUUAAUAUUUGCUGGAACCGUCAAUCUUUUUUGCUUGAAUCGAGUAUGGGAGGUUUUUCUUGCUUUAGAUUUUUGUUGGAACUACCAUUAAUUUUUGCUGGAACCGGCAAACGUUUUUGCUUCAACCAAGUACUGGAGGUUUUGUCGUUUUUGCUUCAACAAAGUACUGGAACCGGCAAGUCAAUGAUGGCGGCGAGCCGGAGACAAGGAUGCCGGGGAUUCUACAACUAUGGUGACCCCAUGCUGGAAUUCUCCUGUGUUCGAGCUGCGACCAUGACGAGCCGAGGCGAGCGUACUGGCACAAGCGACCGGCGAGCGCGGAUGGCGUGCGUGGUGGCAUGGGUGGCCGGCAAGCACAAGAAGCCGAGGACAUGUGCGGGCGGCCGGCAAGCACGAGAAUUUGACAACAAAUGAGGGCGGCCGUUGAGAGGGAUCGAGAGCCGGACGCGUCAUUGACAGAGGUGGAGAUAUGAAGAAUGGGCGAAGAAGAAGAGUAGCAUUGAGAUACGAUUGUUGUUAAACCAUUAGAAUAAUAAUAUAUGCUCCCGUUGCAACGCACGGGCAUUUACCUACUCAGUGAACUUGCUGGACAGAACAUGUGGAUGUAGGAAAUGGGGUAUGACUUCUAUGCCAUGCAAUCAUGCAGUUUCUGCAAUAGUGAAAGCUAAGUUGCAGCCAGAGGACUUUGUGGCUGAUUUCUUCAAAAAGGAAAUGUACAAAAAAGCAUUUGCACAUAUCAUAUUUCCUGUACCUGGUCCAAACCUGUGGCCAAGGACAAAAACUCAGGACAUAGAGCCUCCAGUAUUCAAAGAGAAGGUUGGGAAGCAACAAACAAAUAGGAGGAAAAAUCAGUUUGAGAAGCCAGCACCAAGAGAUACAUCUAGGAUGGCAUCUAUUACUUGCAACAGCUGCAAACUUGUAGGGCAUAGAUACAAUGUUUGCUCCAAGCCCCUCAAGCCAGCUCUUGCUAUGAGACUAAACCAGCAUCAGCCAAACAGGUCACAGGCUUCUACUUCAACAACAAAUGCAUCUACAGCUGCUGCACCACCAAGGAAGAGGCCAUCUUCAUCUAUUGCUGCACCAGCAAGGAAGAGGCCAUCUCCAUCAGCCACUGCUACUACACUUGCUGCCACUACACCUGCUACUCCUCCAAGGAGGUCUCCCAGGAUGAAAGCUACACCUGCUGCCACUACACCUGCUGCUCCUCCAAGGAGGUCUCCCAGGAAGAAAGCUACCACUGUCGGUGCAGCCUCUAGCUCGGCUGUAGGAAACAUGUCAACUUUUCAAGCUCCAAGACAGAGUGGAAGAAAAAGGACUGUUUCAUACAAGUUGAAAGAGUACUUCUAUGCUUCUGGUAACUAGAUUCCUUUGUCUUUCUUGGCUUGUGAUGCCUUUGUGUUGGCUGUGAACUACAUUAUGCCUUUGUUGGCUUUCAGAACCUAUGAUGCCAUUGUUGGCUUUGAACUAGCUUAUGCCUUGGUUGGCCUUGAACCAUUGUUGGCUGUGAGAACUUGGAUGUUUAUCUUCAAUGUUGCCUUGGAUGGAUGUGAGAACCUGAAA